AUGCCGCCCGGCUGUCGAACGACACUUCCUCCUGGUGUCCAUGGUUAUGUGAUGCAGAGAAACCGCACAGGAGGACUCCACCAUCGUCCCGGUGACGAAGACGGCUGCCUCGAUAUAUCUGCGAGGCCUUCCCAGGGUCACGAGGGCUGGCGGACGCCGACUCUCGAAGACACAGAUCUGCCGCCAAUCCCCUCGGAGUCGAUAACCGAUUAUUCUCAGUAUGGCGCUAUAGCGCAUCGCGAGAACAUGGCACGCCCCGGCGUGGACGACAUUGACACCGACAACGACCCCGACAGAAAGCAGGGGUCCCAUGACCACGACGACGAGGCCGAAAAGCCAAAAGACCUGUCCUGGAAGCAAAGGAUGCAACAUGCCACCUGGGCCUGGUUUACUCUGACUAUGGCUACUGGUGGGAUUGCCAAUGUGCUGCACGAUGUGCCCUACAGAUUCAAAGGGCUGUAUACAAUCGGCCUCAUCUUUUUCCUGUUGAACAUUGUCUUUUACCUCGUGAUCUGGGCCAUGAUCAUCACUCGCUUCGUGCUAUACCCUUGGACUUUCAAGGCGAGUUUGACCCAUCCGACAGAGUCACUCUUUGUCCCCGCCUUCGCCGUCUCAUUCGGGACUAUACUCAUCAACAUCGUCGAAUAUGGUGCCGGUGAGGUCGGCGCCUGGUUGCAUCGCACCGUUGUCGUGCUCUUCUGGAUCGACUGCGGCGUCGCGAUCGGCCUCAGCAUCGCCAUCUAUCUCAUCUUGUGGUCUACGUUGACAUUUACCAUUGCACGGAUGACGCCGGUCUGGAUCUUCCCUGCCUACCCUCUCCUGAUCAUGGGCCCGCAUGCCGCGAAUCUGUCGGACAAACUUGGCGGCGCCAUGUCGCAGGCCAUCCGCAUCAUCAUCGCAGGGUUCACCAUCCAGGGUAUCGGCUUCCUCGUUUCUUUGACCAUCUACUCGGCUUUUGUCUACCGACUUAUGACGCAGAAGCUCCCGGCGGAACCGCUUCGACCGGGCAUGUUCGUCUCCGUGGGACCCUCGGCCUUCACCGUCAGCGGGACCAUCGGCAUGGCGCAGAAUCUCCAAAAGGUCAUAGCCUCCAGCCCGACGUACGAAUUUAUGGACGUUCCGGGCCUGUUGGCCGCGCGCAUUCUUCGCCUCUGCGCAAACUGGAUGUCGCUCUGGCUGUGGGGGCUGGCCUGGUGGUUCUUCUUCAUCAGCUUGCUGUCUAACGCGCAGUGCAUACGCACGGACCACCGCAUGCCGUUCUCAAUGACUUGGUUCAGCUUCAUCUUCCCCCAAACCGCCCUGACCACUGCGACGUUUGCCAUAGCGGAAGCCUUCAACGUCAACGCAAUCCGCGUCAUAGGCUGUGUGAUGACGGUCAUCUUGAUUUUGGCUUGGGCUGUUGUGGUCGCAUGCAUGAUCAGGGCCAUUGUCAAUAAACAGAUCUUGUGGCCGGAAAAGGGAGAAGACAAGACAGAAGGAGGCUUCAAACCUAUACAGCGGACCAAAACUAACCAAUCUAGGCAGGAAGCCGGGUCGCAAGCUUGA